AUGCCGGAUGAAUCAACGUACGGUCAACGACAAACGGUCAACAAACAACGGUCAACGACAAACGGUCAACAAACAACGGUCAACGACAGACGGUCAACGACAAACGGUCAACAAACAACGGUCAACGACAAACGGUCAACAAACAACGGUCAACGACAGACGGUCAACGACAAACGGUCAACAAACAACGGUCAACGACACACGGUCAACGACAAACGGUCAACAAACAACGGUCAACGACAAACGGUCAACAAACAACGGUCAACGACAGACGGUCAACGACAAACGGUCAACAAACAACGGUCAACGACAGACGGUCAACAAACAACGGUCAACAAACAGCAAAUGGUCAACAAGUGGUCAACAGCAGCUUGGAUUUCAAAAUAA